ACGAAUUUACCACUCUCUGCGUUGGUUUCCUCGCCGAAGACUUCAAGAUGUCUGAUUCCGACAUGGACAUUGAUGAUGAUGAGGUUGAACAAAAGGUGCAAGUACAUACAAUUGUAAGAGAAUCUGAAUUGCUUGAUAAACCACCAAUUCAAGCUUCCAAUUCCCACAACGAUGUGAAGAGGCAUUCUGUAACAACACCUUUAGAUGAGCAAUCAAAAAUCAUAAAGGAGCAAGCUUUUGCUCAAUAUAAUGGUACUUUAUCAAGAUUUCCUGCUCCGGGUAUACCGCCAAGAAGCUUUUUCCCUGGCUGUGAAGGGAAUGAACCAGAACAAAAACGUGCAGCUCUUCCCUGCAAGUUUUUUGCUAAAGGGUGGUGUUUCAACGGGUUGUCCUGCAAGUUUCUACAUGUGAAAGAGAAUUCAAAUUGCACUAGUCAACAACUGGCGGAAAAUAGUAUGGCUGGAAACGGUGGUAUCCGGUCGGAUCUAGAAAGAAGAACUUUGGACAGCAAAGCAGGUGUAAGAGUUUCCCAGUUAAGCGAAAACGGCGUGACAUCUUUGCCUACCAGAGAGGAUAUAUCUUUCAUGAAUCCUCAGAGAGUUUUCUCCUCCAUGUCUUUUGUGAAUCCCCCAGGUUCUCAGAGAGUUUUCCCGGUCAGUAACGAGAUGCGCUUUAUGCCUUCAUUUGAAAACAUAGGAAGAGAAAGUUUGAAGCAAACGUAUGGUGAUGUCACUGACAACAGGUCUCUAGUUAUUAAUAACAGCAAUUCCUUCACAUUGAGAAGCAGCUUUGUUCAUGAGCAUAGACCUUCUAUCAGUUCCUAUUUAAAAACAGACAUGGGAACUUCUGGACCAGCCUGGACAGGAUCAUUAUCCAGUUCUGUUCCUAUGAAUGAGCGUGCUUCUACUGUGGGGCAUUUUGAAAAUGGGAAUAAUACAUCUGGAUCUGGAUCACUUCCAACGCUGCAAGGGAUAGCUGUUUCUUCUGAUAAAAGCGCAGAAGGCAACACUACUAGCAAUAAAAAGAAAGUUUCUUCAGAUGACUGGGAACCUUCUGAACCUUUUAAAGCAUCUUUUACAAUUCCACCUUAUAUACUUCCCUCGUCUGAUGCCCUCUACGAUCCUUUCACGGAUAUAGAGAAUCUAGGAGGAGACAGAGCGCAUAAUGGUUCAUUGUCAAGUAAAGGAGAACAUGCACGGAAAAAUUCCCGCCAGCAGAAAGAUGGUGAUUCUGCUAGUGGUCCCCAAGCACGGGAAUGCAAGAAUGAUGAUAAAAGCAGUUCAUGCAGUCAAAACCAACACCAAGAAACUGUGGCAAGAAGGAGUUUGGAAGCACAUGGAGUAGUGGAAGGGGUGGCUACUUCAGUGGUUGAUCAAAAUGAUGCAACAACACCUAGCAAAGAGAUUUCUUCGGCUGCGGCUGCAGAGAAUAGAGUUGUUUUGAAAAGAAGCAAACCUGCAGGGCAUGAUUCUUGGCAUAGAAGUGAUGGGUCUUCAUAUAAAAAGACAAUGAAAUCAGAUGAGAUAGAUGGUGAAGUGAGGUCAGAUGCAGGGAUGAAAGUAAUGAGACAAUUCCGGACUGCAGUUGUGGAAACCGUUAAAGAAAUGUUGAAACCGUUGUGGCGUGAGGGCCGUCUUACCAAAGACGUGCAUAACAUGAUAGUUAAAAAAGCUGCAGAAAAGGUAGUCAGUGCCGCUGUCCAGUUCCAUCAGGUGCCAACUGAUACCGAAUCAGUUGAUCAACAUCUUGGUUUGUCUGCAACCAGAAUUGUGAAGCUUGUUGAGGGGUAUGUCGAAAAGUAUGGUAAACCCUGAGUUAUCAAACCAAAUGUCACUUGGUGUUGGAUGAGCUCAAAUUGAUGAGAUUCAUGUAUAUUAUGUCAUCCUUCUUUUCCUCAGUUAGGGAUUUAGUACUUAGCACCUAAAUUCUUUGGAUCUCCAUUCCUAUCCUUUACCAAUAAUGGAAUAAGGUUGGACUUGGAGC